AUGUGGUUGAGGCCUUGUUCCCAGCAAGAGAGGAAUGGGUUCCUCCAGUGUGCUUCAGCUCGCAGACGCAGUGGUAACCCACCAGCGCCCCGGGAAAUAGAGCACUGGAGGGAGGAGGCCCGCAACGAGAUUGUGGAAGAGUGGUCGGCCUGUCUGAUGGAGCCCAGUGCGGGCCACCGGACGGUCGAGGCACUGCAGCCCUGCUUAAAGGAGUGGUUGGAGCGGCGCGGUGGCCCACUUACGUACCGGAUGGUGCAGGUGUUGACCGGACAUGGUUGUUUCGGGAGAUACCUGCACAGAAUCGGCCGUGAGAGGACCGCCGCCUGCCACCAUUGUGGUGCCGGAAUUGAGGACACAGCAGAGCAUACUCUAGAGGUGUGCACUGCGUGGGAGCCGCACCGAGCCACGCUCCGUGCGGCCAUUGAAUCUGACUUAUCGCUACCGGCAGUGGUCAAGGCCAUAGUCGGUAGUGACACAGGAUAUGACGCAUUUAAGGCCUAUUGUGAGGCCGUCAUGUUGGAGAAGGAGACGGCUGAGCGGGAGAGGGAAGAGGAUCCCCUCGCAGACCCAGCUCGCCGUAGAAGGAUGGGCCGAAGGCGGCGGGCUUUUGCCCGUCGACCUUGA